GGGAAUAGCCGCAGGCCCGGUGCGGGGAAGAUGAGAAAGGAUGAAGAAAAGGAUCCCAUCAGAGGGAGGGGGGGAAGGGGGGUUUAAACCACCUGUCUCGCCCCCAAGGGCGCGCCUCACCCGAACCGUCCCCCCCUCCCCGAGGCCAAAGCUCCAGCUCCUACCACUACUGCCGCCGCCGCCACGAUACCACGCCGAUGCGCCCCCUGCGUCAUGGCGCCGUCACUCGACCUUCCCGUGUCGCACGCCCUGUUUGUCUCACCACGACGAGGAGGAGAGAGAGAGAGAGAGCCUAUGUGCGACGACCUGGUAUGUGCUUGUGGGAGCGCAGUUCCCGUCGCACAGGUGCUCGAGCAGCGACCUGCCCGUCCCACGUAGCCAUCGCUUCCGACGCCCCUGCACCGCGCGCAGACCAGGGCCAUCACGCCAGGUGUCGCGCUCCUGGCCGUCGAGUCGUUCAGGCCAGCGUAGCCGCCCCCAUCGCGCAACGGUGCCACGACGGCCGAACUAGUGUCGUCGAUGUUGGGACUGGCGGCGUAGUGCAAAACCCCGGCAGCGCUGCGAGGACUGCUAGACCGUUGUGGGCGCGAUACAGGCGCCAGGCUAGCAUGCGGCGUAGCGGCGUCCGGGGGCUCUCCGUGCACGGCGCGCGAGGAAAAGGGGGGUGGGUGCGUGGGCGCCGCGCCUCUCCCCGAAUCUCGUGCCGUCGCAUGGCAUCGUGGGCAGGACCCUAGUGGCCGGAGAGGCCGUAGACAGAUGGCUAGAUCUAUGUCGAUUGUAAAUACGGGAGCUGCGGGAUGAGGGACUCGACUAGUGGUUGCUCGCUAGUCCGGCCGGAUUCGACUUCGCGGGCCCCGCCGGGUGCGACGUCCAGCUUGCUGUGCCGCCCUGCGGCGGUAGAUCUGCUCGACUGCCGUCCUGGCCAUUCGCCUCUAUAUUCCUCCGCAACGGCGGUCGUUGCUUAAGUAGGCGGCCGAACAAAGGCAGUCGGUGGGUGGAGGACGGGGCGCUAGGCUAGUGGAUGGAUAUAAGAUGGUUAUACGGCCGCAGCGGUUUCAGGGACCACGACCCGACGACCAGUUACGUAGGAUUCGCAAACGGCCUAAGGUAGUGUAUGGGCGAUCUAGAGUAGUCUUCCUGUGGUAUGGAGCUUCUGCCAACGCCGUGUCCCCGGCGCCAACGUCGAAUACAAUACAAGCACGACGUCGUGGCAGCAGGACGACAUACGCGAGAUAAUCUAGAUCAUAGAGAGCUGCAUAGACAACUGAGAUGUAGCCUAGCGAGGAGUAGGACGACGCGAGGCUACCGCAUCGCUUCCCCUUAGAAACAUGCCUACGUAGAGAACUAGUUGCCGCGCAA